AUAACAUUUCGUAAUCGAAGUAGUCGACAUAUUACAGCAAAUUGUUAACACGUCUUCGUUCGAGUAUCUGAAAUAACAACAAUAAGAUGGGUCUGCUUGCUAUUUUACGGAAAUUGCGAUCAAAUCCUGAUAAAGAAUUACGAUUAUUACUGUUGGGUCUCGAUAAUGCUGGAAAGACGACUAUCUUGAAAUCUUUGGCUAGUGAGGAUAUAACGCAGGUUACUCCGACACAAGGUUUUAAUAUAAAAAGCGUUCAGAGCGAAGGUUUUAAAUUGAACGUUUGGGAUAUUGGCGGAGCUCGAAAAAUUCGACCUUAUUGGCGAAAUUAUUUCGAGAACACGGAUGUACUUAUUUACGUCGUUGAUAGUGCGGAUAUCAAGAGGCUAGAAGAAACGGGACAAGAAUUAUCAGAACUUCUGUUGGAAGAGAAGUUGCGCGGAGUACCUUUAUUAGUAUAUGCGAAUAAGCAAGACCUGGGACACGCCGUGACGGCGGCUGAAAUAGCGGAGGGACUUGGUUUACACAAUAUCAAGGAUCGAGACUGGCAAAUACAAUCAUGCAUCGCCAUCGAGGGUAAGGGCGUGAAGGAAGGCUUAGAGUGGGCGUGCAAAAACAUCAAGAGGAAGUAAUAACCGUGGAAAACACGAUCGACGCGUACAUUUUACAUUAGGGCGCACGAAAAAAAGCAGACUUACACCGUCUCCAUUGUACAUUUCAUGCACAUU